GUCAGGUUAUGUUUACCGAACGUCACGCCUACACGUGUGGCUCGUCUGUUUACUUGUUUUCUUUAGACUUUUUCAGAUAAUUAAGGUAGCCGUGCCAUAUUUAUCAUUAUAAAAGUAUUAUAAUUUUUAAGAAAGUAGAAAAAAUGGAAGAAGUUCAACAAAAUACGACUGAAACUGUUGAUGUCAACGAACAAAAAUUGAUGGAACUGGCUCAAUCAAAACCAAAAGGGUUCUCUCAUAAGGACAUAGCCGCGAAACUCGCACAUAUUGAUGGAGAGCAAAGAGCAGAUGUCGUGAACAAGCUUCUUUUACGAGGAAAUAUCGUACUUUACACGCACGGUUCAUCUCUUCUCUACAAAAUAAAAGAUCCCUCAAAAGUAAAAAUUGCCAAGGGUUCAGAUAAUGAGGAAAAGAUAGUCUAUUCUAUAAUCGAAGAAGCCGGCAACAAGGGAAUAUGGAUCAGAGAUAUAAGAUACAAAUCCAAUCUGAAUAACACUUCGUUAACUAAAAUAUUAAAAAAUCUUGAGGCUAAGAAGAUUAUUAAGUCGGUGAAAUCGGUGGCUGCUGGGAAAAGAAAAGUAUUUAUGCUCUACGAGCUCCAGCCUGAUAGAUCCAUAACUGGUGGAGCUUGGUACCAGGAUCAGGAAUACGAGGCCGAAUUCGUCGACGUUUUGAACGACUGUUGCUAUAAAUAUUUGCAAAAGCAAAAGGCGAGGAUGGCAGAUUGCAAAUCGGGACCACUCGCGGCCAGAAAUAUUUCUUACGUCAGUUCCAGGGAUGUUUGGCAGCAUAUUACCGAUUUGAAAAUCAGCAAGGUUGCGCUCUCAGUAGAAGACCUUGAAAUGAUUCUAAACACUUUAGUUUACGACGGAAAAGCAGAAAAAAUUUUUACUAACGAUAAAGUCAACAUGUACCGAGCAAUAGAACCUUUGCUCAGUUUCCCAGGAUUGAUAUCAAGUCCUUGUGGCGUUUGUCCGGUAAGGAAGAAUUGCUGCGACGAGGGGGAAAUCACGCCACAAAAAUGCUUUUAUUUCAACCAAUGGAUGGACUGUUAACUGAAGUUUUCUUUACAUCCAUUAAGUUUGUUACUAUUAUUAUUGUUAGUUGAAAUGGUAAUUGAGAAUUUUUUUAAUAAAUGCG